AUACUUUUGUAAAGGUACAUAGUUUUUCUAUGCUACAGAGAUAUAUUUUAUAGAUACGAUUGCGAACGAGUGUCGCGUGUCCCAUAAAGAAGCCGAUAUCCUGUAUGACAGCACCUGCUUCGCGUUCCUCAUCAUCCAAGUGCGUAUUCUUGGCACUUGGUAUUUUCAACAUGCCGCGUGUUCUUUCAAACUGGAACACAUCUUCAGCGCUAGGGGUGCCGUACUGAUAGAUGACCUGGUUCUGAGACGGAUGAAGACGCAGCAGGAAAAGGAGAAGCGACUCGUUGAAAAAAUCAAGAAGUCUGCUGAAAUGAUUCGGAACCGGUAUCUGAAGAGUGUUGAAGGCAAGGCCGUGUUUGAGCCGACCACGUAUGGCCAAGCGAAGCGAGCCGGCGAUUAUUAUAUGUUCGAAUAUGACUUGGAUGCUGACGUAGUGGACACGACACAGCAGGAAGAAGAUCAGUUCGAGGACGUAUCUGAGGGGUCGGUUGAAAAGCUCGGUCCUGCUCAAAUGAUUCAUCGAGCAGCCGAAACUGACAUGACUUUGGCUGAAAUAGCCGCAGGUCAUAAGCUGCCGGUCUUGACUAAAGUCAGUUCCGAAGACCGCGGAUCGUUAUCAUCCGACUCUCCUUCUCUUUCUCCUCCGACCAGUACAAAAGCUGCUAAGUCAGAUAUAUUCGUAGGGGUAGUAAAGUUUGCUCUGUCGCUCAUGGGCAAUGGCUUGCGGUGGUUGGCUACGGUGUUCGACAGUUACUCAACAGAUUAUCGCUUUGUAGCGUACGUUCUGAAUACGGAGAAGAUGACUCUCACUCGUGACCUGUCGAACGAGAUCGCGCCGGACAGCGAAGUGCGGGAUCUCCAUCACAUCGUCUCCCAGUCCGAUUUUGGAAAGCAGAUCUACCAGCCCCCUUCAGAGCAGUCCAUCAUUCAAACCGAGCAGAGCCUGAUGGAAGAGCGACGUAAACGCAGUAGCCUCCUACAGUUUUUGGUCGCCACUUAUUACUUACUGAUUGCGAAUACAGAGACAAUCUGUUUUGUGGCCAUCAUCGUCAAUCAGAUGAUGAACUCGUCAGUGAUUUCGCUGCCGCUGCCGUUGCUGAUCUUUUUCUGGGGUACACUGUGUUCGCCGCGCCCUCCAAAAAUCUUUUGGAUCAUCCUUAUCGCUUAUAUCGAAGUUAUGAUCGUCGUCAAGUUCUUCUUCCAAUUCGACCUGUUUCCAUGGAGCCAUAGGAUAGUCGGCUCUAACGAGCCGUUGUAUCCGCCGCGCAUCAUCGGCAUCGAGAAGAAGCCGUUCUUCGCCUUAUCCGACGUCGUACUACUCAUGAUACUCUUCUUCCACCGCUAUCAUCUAAAGGUAUUUCAUGCAUGCUUGUAG